CGGUGCGUAUGCUUUAGUCCAUGACGUUACGUGUUUGAAAUGUGAAACCACUCAAGUGGCCUUCCUCAUUUCAAAUGGAAUAAUACUAUAGGAGUACUAUAUAUUUAUUGUUUUGAACAAGAAGACCCAACAAUCACCACUUUGCAGCAUCCUUCUUCAGUCCUCACCCUGGUAAAUUAUGGAAGCUCAAAAUGCUGAGAGCUUUUAUCUCAAAUCUGGAAAACCUACAUCUCUCUUCAUAUUCUGCAUCCUUCUUUUCGGUUUACUUCCUCUCUCAAAGGCAACAACCUAUGAUAACACCAAUUUCAAUUUCACCGCCUUCGACCCAAAUGUGCAUGGAAUAGUUUACGAAGGUGAUGCAUCCCCAUCAGACAACGGAAUCCAACUCACCUUUAACCUAAGGGACAAGGGUCUAAAUGGAAGUUGUGGUCGGGCCACGUAUUACAAACCAAUGCACCUUUGGCACAAUUCAUCCGGGAAGGUCGUACUUGCAGACUUCACUACUCAAUUUUCUUUUGUCAUAGAUUCCCUCAGGAAUAGUUCAAAGGCUGAUGGGUUUGCGUUUUUCCUUGCUCCUAAUGGGUCAAAAAUCCCACCUUAUUCAGGAGGCGGCCUCUUCGGGCUCGAAAAUAUCGAUCCGACCUACAUUAACUAUAGAUUUGUUGCAGUGGAAUUUGAUACGUUUACCAAUAAUUGGGAUAACGCGAUGUCAGAUCACGUGGCCAUUGAUCUCAACACUGUCCAGAAGUCUCUUACCUCUCGCCCAUGGUGGUGGAGUGAUACUGAAAAUGGGGGAAAAGUUGAUGCUUUCAUCAGUUACAACUCGACGACAAAAAACCUGAGUGUUGUUUUGCUUGAUACCGAUGAUUAUACUCUUAAAAAUUCAACUAGUCUUUCUACUAUAUUGGAUUUUAGCAUAUAUUUACCAGAAUGGGUUACGUUUGGCUUCUCAGGAACCACUGGGGCUUUGUUUGAGAUACAUACUAUUUAUUCCUGGAAUUUCAGCUCUAGCUUGCCAGUUGCUACAAAUAAAAGCUAUCAAACCAAUCCUCCAACACCAGCACCUGCAGCAGCAACGAAUUCAACAAGUCCUGCAGACAACCCCAGAAAAAAGAGCAGGACAUGGCUAUGGGUUAUUUUGGGGGUUGCCGGUGGCAUUUUUGCUUUGCUUUUAGUUUUGACUCUGGUUUGGUUUUUCUGCUGGAGGGAAAAGUACAGGGGCAAGGAAGUGGAAACGGAAAUGGUGACAGCACCUAGGAAGUUUUCCUGCAAGGAAUUGAGAUUUGCAACCAGUAAUUUUGCUGAUGAAGGUCUGCUUGGGGAGGGAGGUUUUGGUAAGGUUUAUUUAGGCUUUUUGAGGGACAUGAAUUGCAAUAUUGCUGUCAAAAAGACAACUCCACAAUCUCAACAAGGGGUGAAAGAGUAUGCAUCAGAAGUGAAAACUAUUAGCAGGUUGAGGCACAGGAAUUUAGUCCAGCUCAUCGGUUGGUGCCAUGACAAUCAGGAGUUCCUCAUUGUCUAUGAAUUUCUUCCAAAUAAGAGCCUUGACUACCACCUAUUUAGAGAACCAUGCUUGUUGACAUGGGAGAAGAGAUACAAAAUUGCUAUGGGCUUGGCCUCAGCAUUGUUCUAUCUACACGAAGAAUGUGAACAAUGUGUGCUACAUCGAGACAUCAAAUCAAGUAAUGUUCUCCUGGAUUUAAGUUUCAAUGCCAAGUUAGGUGACUUUGGCCUGGCUAGACUUGUUGAGCAUGGACAAGGGUCACAAACAACGAUUAUGCUUGGGACUGAUGGCUAUGUAGCACCAGAAUGUCUUGAGACAUUCAAAGCCAUUAAGGAAUCAGAUGUAUACAGCUUCGGGGUUGUUGCGUUAGAAAUAGCCACUGGAAAGCAGGCUAUUGCUGUAAUAGAUAGAAAUGGCAAGAGACUCAAAACUAAACUUGUGGAGUGGGUUUGGGAACUGUAUGGGAGAGAGAGUAUUUUUGAUGCAGCAGACCCACGGUUGUCUGACAAUUAUGACAAGGAACAAAUGGAACGCUUGAUCUUAGUUGGGCUGGCUUGCGCUCAUCCAAACUACUUUGCCCGCCCAUCAAUAACGCAGGUCGUUGAUAUCCUUGGUUUCAAAGCUCAAGUGCCCGUGCUGCCACUGGAUAUGCCAGUUCCAACUUACAUUGCAGCACAUCAAGCCACUAUUGCUGGAUCUUCUGCGUCGAGUUCAUCCCAGAUCAGUGCCUCCAACAGAAGCCAAGCCCAAUUUUCAGGCACUAGUUCUACUAGUGAUUCCUCGAAGGUUGGAACAGGUACUCCAGCUACAAAUACAAAAUGACCUUUGCAUAAAAUAUUUAGGCUGAAUGGCACAUCAAGCCGCAAGGUAAAAGCCGGAAGUAUUUGCUCUGUGAGUUCUUGGUAGUUAAUUAAGUCUAUGUAUUUGUAGCGUUGAUUCAUAUUUUCAUUGAUGCCUCGUUGCAUCCAAGAAUUCUCCGAUUUGUGUAUUGUUCUUUUCGUACUGAUUCGUGCUGGAUUAGGCAUAUGGUAAAUGCUCUGUGCAGCUAUUGACCAGCCCAUUUAGAAAGGUAGUUGGUUCGUGUCCCAACCUUGAGGGAGAGAGUAGUGUUGUUCUUGUGUUUUGUAAUGGUUUUCAGAUUAUAAUGUUUACCUUGAUGGUUAAUAAAAGUUUAAUCUACUUACUGAUAUGUCAUAAA